AGCUGUGUCCGGCGGAGGGAGCAGCUGCUGACCCAGCUGUGGACUGUGCCAGGGAAGGAAGAAGGGGGGCCCGGAGCCCUGGGGCUGUAUCAUGGACCCCCGGGGCCUGCCCCUCUGGCCCGGAGUUGGCUCCCUCUGCCUCCUCCUCGCUGGGGCCGCCUGGGCUCCCCCUCCCACCCCCACGGACUCCAAGUUCGAGAGCAAAGUGGCCAUGCUGACGGCGCGCGGUCCCCAAGAGCUCUUGUGCUUCACGGAGCGCCUGGAGGAUCUGGUGUGCUUCUGGGAGGCGGCGGCCAGCGCCGGGGUCAGCGCCAACAACUACAGCUUCUCCUACCAGUUCGAGGGCGAGCCCUGGAAGGCGUGUCGCUUGCACCAGGCGCCCACGGCCCGCGGCUCGGUGCGCUUCUGGUGCUCGCUGCCCACGGCCGACACGUCGAGCUUCGUGCCCCUGAAGCUGCUCGUCAAGGUGGCCCCCUCCGGCCUUUCUCUCUUCGAAAAGAGCAUCCACAUCAACGAAGUGGUGCUCCUGGACCCUCCCGUGGGGCUGCUGGCCCGGCGGGCCGACGACAGUAACCACGUGGUGCUGCGCUGGCUCCCGCCGCCUGGGGCCCCCAUGGCCAGCCUCAUUCGCUAUGAAGUGAAUAUCUCCACUGGCAGCGCCGCAGGGGGCGCGCAGAGGGUGGAGAUCCUGGACGGGCGCACUGAGUGUUUGCUCAGCAACCUGCGGGGCGCCACCCGCUACACUUUCACCGUCCGCGCUCGAAUGGCCGAGCCCAGCUUCGAUGGCUUCUGGAGCGCCUGGUCGGAGCCCGCAACGCUGGUGACGGCUAGCGACCUGGACCCGCUCAUCCUGACGCUCUCCCUCAUCCUCGUGCUCAUCCUGCUGGGGCUGGCCGUGCUCGCGCUGCUCUCCCACCGCCGGACGCUGAAGCAGAAGAUCUGGCCUGGUAUCCCAAGCCCCGAGAGUGAGUUUGAGGGCCUCUUCACCACCCACAAAGGGAAUUUCCAGCUGUGGUUGUAUCAGAACGAUGGCUGUCUGUGGUGGAACUCCUGCACCCCCUUCACGGAAGACCCUCCUGCUCCCCUGGAAGUGCUUUCUGAGCAUUGCUGGGGGGUGAAACCUGUCCUGGAGCCCGGGACUGAGAAUCAGGGACCCCUGCUGGAACCAGUAGGCACUGAGCAUGCGCGGGACUCAUACCUGGUGCUGGACAAGUGGCUGCUGCCCCAGAGCCCCUCGGGUGACGACCUCCCAGAGUCUGGGGACUCUGUGGACCCAGCAGCCUCGGCUGACGCCUCCGAAGAAUCCUCUUGUUCCUCUGCCUUGGCCGCAAAGCCUGGGCCCGAGGGGGCCUCAGCGGUCAGCUUUGAGUACACCAUCCUGGACCCCAGUUCUCAGCUCCUGUGCCCUAGACCGCAGCCCCCUGAGCUGCCCCCCACGCCACCCCACCUGAAGUAUCUGUACCUCCUGGUAUCCGACUCUGGCAUCUCAACCGACUACAGUUCAGUGGCCUCUCAGGGAGCCCAGGGGGGGCCCUCCGGCGACCCCUACCCCAACCCUUAUGAGAACAGCCUGGGACCAGCCACGGAGACUUCGCCUCCCAGCUACGUGGCCUGUUCCUAGGACGCCCACAGAUGCCUAGGGACCCAGCUGGUGUGGCAGGGGAGGCCGAGACAGUGAGGUGUGUCCCCCCACCCCCAGACUAAGAACACAACAGCUCGGGGCUGGGUGUGUGAUCCUUCCUGUCCAGAGCGACAGCUUUGCAGUGCUUACAAAUGCACGUAUGUGUCUUUUCCUAUCAGUUUCUACACACACCCCGUAAGUCAUACUUCACCCUGCACCAGGCUUGAUGGGCAAGCGGCCAUCAAACCAUGCACUUAGUCGGAUGUUCUGGACCUGGCGGUGGGAACCCUCCCCCGUUCUGGACCUGGCGGUGGGAACCCUCCCCCUAAGAAAAUGAGGUCACCAGUAGCCAUUACACUAGCCACCACCAGACACUCCCCACUGACUGUGCUUAGCAGAGUCAAUGGUUCUGCCUAUCUCAACUGGGACUGGUAGGCAGCCCGGGGUGAGUCAGACCAGGCACUUCCGGUCAGAAACUUCAUUAUCUCCACAUAGAUGGUUCUUCCGCAUCCCGUGGGUCAAAAAGCAAAGAGGAAAGCAGUGGAAGAUUCUGUGAGCCAUUUUAGGCAUCUAGCCUAGUAGUGGGGGCAAUGUCCUCCUCGGAAAUUCCUUUGCACAGGAAUGACCCUGUGACCGCAGGCACGUUGGGAAAUGUAGUUUACUCAAGUGGUCUGGGUAGGAAAAUGGUUUCAUGAGCCUCAAUUUGGUUUUAUUUCACUGAUGAUGAUAACAGUAAUUCCAAGGGGUUUGUUUGUUUGUUUUGGGGCUAUGUCCAGCGAUGCUCAGGAGUUGCUCAUGUCUCUGUCUUCAGGAAUCACUCCUGGCGGGCUUGUGAGUCUGGCUGGGAUGCUGGAGACGAAACCCAGGUUGGCCUUGUGCAAGGCAAGCACCCUCCCUAAGUCCUAUGACUCCAGCCCUCAUACACCUGUAUUAUGCAUGCUUUAGCACGUAUAGUGCAAGAACCUUCAUAGUCCUAGAUAAUGAAAUAUAUGAUGAUUAAAUUCGGGUACAGUCACCCGCAGAAUUAUUAUGAGAAAGGACAAUCUUUUUUUGUUGUUUUUUUGGGAGGAGUAGAGUUUGGGCCAUACCUGGUGAUGUUCAGGAAUCAUUCCUAACUCUACAUUCAGGAAUAUUCGUGGCAGUGCUCGGGGGCCCAUAUGGGGUGCCAGAGAUCAAACCCAUAUUAGCCACAUGGAAGGCAAGUGCCCUACCCACCGUGCUAUCUCUCCAGCCCCCCAAAACAAUCUUUUAAAAUGUAUGGCUAAAUCUUAAUACUCUUCAAUGCAAGAACGAAGUCUUAGAUUAUCUAUCACAAAACAAUUUUAAUAAAGUGUAAAAUAAAAAUACCCCAAUAUGGUAGUUAGGUUUAAUAUAUACAUGAUAA